CAAUACUCCUUAUCAAACCUUGAAGACUGCCGACGGAGGAAGUUCUCCGCGCCAGCCACGAAUUGAGCCGCCGACCCCAACGUUCGGGGCGCCGGAUUGGUGUGUUGCGAGUGUAAUCGCAGGAUUUCUUUGUUAAGAGAAUUGUGCUCUUAACAAGGUGCUGCAGCCAUUGAAGUUCUUCUCAAAAACCUCCUCAACGCUAUAAAGGAAGAGUACUCUCUAAUUCGAGAUCUCGAGGAAGAUGCCCAACAGCUGCAGAAGACAAUGGAGAUGAUUCUAGGCCACUUGAGUGAUGCACAAAAGAAAUUCAUCACACAAGAUGCUGUCAAGAGCUGGCUGAGGGAGCUCGUAGCUCUGGCUUUCGAUGCUGAUAAUGUCUUGGACGAACUCAGAUACCAUCGUCUCCACAAAGAAGUGAAGAAAAUGAUGGCAACCAAAGCCAAGGAUAAGGUACUAUCAUUUUUCUCAUCCUUUAAUGGCAUUUCACGCCGGCUUAAUAUGGCUCAUACAAUCAAACAAAUCAAUGCGGAUUUUAAGUCUAUGAACCAAAGGGCGAAAGAUCUUGGCCUUCAAGAUAUAAUUCGUAAGGCACCUGCUGCGGUUGCUAAUACUUCCACUGAGACGGAUUCGUUGAGUCUUGAUCAAAUCUUUGUUGGAAGAGAUGAUGAUGUACCUAAACUAGUUCACAUGCUCACCCACACCCACCCACAGGAAGAGAAACGGAUGUUCUCCAUCGUUGCUCUAGUUGGAAUGGGGGGUAUGGGGAAGACUACGUUGGCUAGGAAGGUCUUUAAUCAUGGAAGCGUAAAGGCUCGAUUUGGAUCACCUAUUUGGGUUCAUGUUUCUCAAACUUUUGAUCCAAUCAGUCUUUUCAAAAAAAUCCUUUCGGCAUUGAGUUCAGAUAUUGGUCAUGGAGUUGAGAGGGAACAAAUCGUGAAAAGGCUUCAAGAAGCUCUCAAGAACAAAACUUAUCUUCUUGUUCUUGAUGAUGUAUGGAAUGAAGAUAUUUCAAAAUGGGAAGACUUUAUAAAAUCCAUAAUAGGAGCUACUUCUACCAAAGGAAAUGGCAUUAUCAUCACCACCAGGAGUGAAAAAGUUGCAUCAACUGUUGGCCCAAUUCAUGUUCAUCAUCUGAAUGGCUUAUCGGAUGAAGAUUGUUGGUCCAUAAUCAAAGCCAAAACAUUGGUUGGAAAUGGAGAAUUUCAGUCGGGAUUCGAGAUGAUUGGAAGAAAGAUUGCUAAGAGAUGUCAGGGUUUGCCCUUAGCUGCCAAUGUAGUCGGGGGAGUGCAUUGCGGUAAGUCUGAAGAAGAUUGGCGCAUUAUCAAUGAAAAAUGGCUUUCAGAUGCUGAAGGAGGUCAAAAUAUCUGUGAAAUAUUGAAAUUAAGCUAUGAUCACCUCUCUUCACCGUCGCUCAAGAAGUGCUUCACGUUUUGUUCGGUUUUCCCCAAAGGUCGGAAAAUUGAGAAACAUGAGUUGAUUGAGCUAUGGAUGGCAGAAGGCUUUCUUCAACCAAGCCGAAGAGAUGACAUGGAGUCUGUGGGCAACAUGUUUUUUAGUGUGCUUCUACAAAACUCUUUGUUGCAAGUUGCGGAGAAAAAUGAUUAUGGAAAUGUUUCGGAGUGUGUGAUGCAUGAUCUUGUGCAUGAUGUUGCAUCUUCUGUCUUAUCCAAUAAUGCAGAUGACAGUACCCCUGCUCGAUACAUGUUUCUGAAAAAAGAAUCAAGUCCUAUACCAAAAAAUGUGGCCAAGCACUUGCGUACAUUAUUCUUGGAAGGUGGAACUUCUUGUACUAAGUUCUCAGGCUUUGAAUGUUUGCAUAAUCUUACUCUUUCUGGUGAUUAUGAAGAGAUACCUGAUUCAGUUAGGGGGUUGGUACAUUUGAGAAAUUUGAAUAUUUCAAAUACAAAAAUUGUAAAGUUGCCUAAAUGGAUUGGUGAACUCCAUCUUUUGCAAACAUUAAGAGUAAACAUUUGGAGGUUAGAGAAACUGCCAAGUACGCUCAAGUACAUGUUUAACUUAAGGCAUCUUCAUAUCUAUUCUGAUACAAAGUUUCCAGCGGAGAUUGGGAAAUUAACUAGUCUCCAAACACUACCUUACUUCACAGUAGGCAAAGAGAAGGGAUACCAUAUUGAAGAGCUCGGAAGUUUGGAGAAUCUCAAAGGAAUGCUAAAGAUUGGUAAUCUGGAGAUGGUGUGUGAUAAGGAAGAUGCUCUGAAAGCAAAUAUAUCUCAGAAACCAAACUUAUUUCAUUUGGCGUUUCGAUGGAGUGAUUAUAGAGAAGAUGAAAUAAAUGAUGAGAGUGUAUUGGAAGGCCUCCAACCUCAUGAAAAUCUGAAGAAAUUGAAAAUUUCAAGAUUCAGAGGCAAAAGGUUUCCAGCAUGGACUGAGAAGAUGGAAGUACGUGAUGGGCCUCGUGGCUCUUGGGUACCUCUUGCCAACUUGAUUGAAAUAAAACUGUCCGAGUGCUCAAAAAUUGAGGAAAUCCCAUCGCUGGAGCACUUGCCUAAUCUCAAGUCUCUUUCUUUGUACAGUUUGCGGAAGGUGAGGCUCAUAAAUACUUCGUUCAAUCAUUUAACAUCACUUAAAAUAGAAGAGUUAGAUAUAUUGGAAUAUCUGCCAGAAAGGAUAUUCUAUAACAAUCAGAAUCUCUCAUGUUUGGAAAUAUGCAACUGUGGUGUGUUGAGAGAAUUACCAGAUGGCUUGGACACCCUCAAUUCUCUAGAGAUUUUGAGAAUUUGGUAUUGUGAGAAUCUGAAGUCGAUUGGGAAUCCUAGUGGUGGAGCACGGCAAUCACAAGGGAUCCUUCGUGAGCUGAGAAUUACAGAAUGCGGAGAGCUGAUGGAAUUGCCGUGUCAAAUGCUAGAGCCGUGGGCCCCUACAGUUGAGGAUCUUGAAUUGGAAGCUUUGGGGGGCCUAAAGAAUCUACCAAGGCUAAUUGACAGCCUUGCUAAAUCAUCUACUCGUCUUGCAAUAUUGACAAUCAUAGGUGUUCCUAAAUUGAUGGCUGCUAGUAUUGGUAGUGUUGAGAGUUGGGAUCUUAGCAGCUUGAGAAGAUUAGAGAUAGAUGUGAGUGUGGAAUGGUCAAGAGAGGAUAGUGUUGGCAUUGCAGAGACUGUGGAAGGAAUGUUGCAGAGAUGCUGCAACUCACUUACUCGCUUACAAUUGAAGGGGGUGGAAAAUUGGGAGUGGCUGCCCCAAUCCAUUCAAUAUCUCACCUCUGUUUCUGUAUUAAGUUUGGAGAAGAUAGGAGUAGAAGAAUUGCCCCAAUGGUUGGGGAACCUCUCAUCUCUAACACGGUUAUUUCUACGGAAUUGCAAUAAGUUGAUGAGUCUGCCCUCUGUGGAUGCAUUGAAGCACCUCAUCAUUAAUGUGAAUCAAUCGCAUUUAGGUUGCGAAAGUAAGAGGAAGUUUACCUAUGUGGACCGGACGACUCCAGUGUUUGAAUUGGAAAGGAGAAGGGAUAUUGAGAACGGAUGCCGACGACACACUUUUGUGGGUUUAUCCUCACUUGAAAUAUAUCAUAGCCGCGGGAUUUACCAGAAAACGGAAAUGCCUUUCCAGCUUCAAAUAGAGCGACCCCAAGGGUCCAAGUGAUGCUUCCCGAACCAACUGUCACGUCACAUGGCUAUCAGGAACUCCAGAAUUCCCACCUUCUAAGAGUGAACAAUGUCUACACAUAUACUGUUCAUUGUAACCAUAUUGCAAACAAGGAUGAUUAAUUUCUACUUUUCCACUUGUCAGAUUGGCAUUACUAAUAUGAGGAAAUAAUAAAGUAGGAGAGAAACAAAGUGUUUGAUUUUGCCAUAAAAUAAAAUGCCUCACUUACCUUGGAUCAUUUAAAAAAGAAGUACGAAUUACUUA